CAUAAUGCUCUGGUUGUUACAGAAACUGAUUCACUGCUGAGCUGAGGAGGUAAAGGGACGGAUACAAACCCUACCACACCUCUCCCUCUUCAAACUGCCUCCUCUGUUGGAUACUUCUUUUUUUUUGAGGGGGGGAACUAUCUGGAAACUUUCAGCUUGAUUUUUUUUUUUUUUAUCUUCCCUUUUGGACGGAAUGGAUUUUGAGAAGACCUAACCUGGAUGGUUUACUGUACGAACUCGUUGUUGAAAGCUUGCCUGUAGAGUUAGCUGACUUUUCAAAGGGGGUCGCAUUCAUUUAUUUAGAGGGUAACUAACCCAACACCAAAAUGGAUCAAGCCGGCGGUGGUGAGGACCCGAAUAAACCCUCUAAAAAGAAGUCCAACGAGGACGAGGGUAAAAACAAAAAGCUGAACAUACACAUAAAAACAUUGGCUGAUGAUAUGCGUGAUCGUAUUACCAGUUUUAGGAAAACUGGGACGAAGAAGGAAAAGCCCCUCAUCGGGCACCCGACAGAUCCCAUCUCCACCCAGGCUGAGCUGCCCGCCCCUCAGCCCUUCUUCGACGACCGCUCCAUGAACCUCUCGGAAAAGGAGAUCAUUGACCUCUUUGAGAAGAUGAUGGAGGACAUGAACCUGAACGAGGAACGCAAAGCCCCCCUGCGCGGAAAGGACUUGAGCACCAAACGCGAGAUGGUGGUCCAGUACAUCUCAGCCACUGCCAAAUCUAUAACUGGGAGCAAAGUUCCGGGAGGACUGAGAAACAGCAAGCAUGAGUGUACACUUUCAUCCCAAGAAUAUGUCCACGAGCUGCGUUCAGGCAUCACAGAAGAAAAGCUGCUCAACUGCCUGGAGUCCCUCAGAGUUUCUCUCACAAGUAACCCUGUCAGUUGGGUUAAUAACUUCGGUCAUGAGGGUCUUGGCCUUAUCCUGGAUGCUCUGGAGAAGCUGCUGGACAAGAAACAGCAAGAAAGCAUCGAUAAAAGGAACCAGCAUAAACUUAUCCAAUGCUUGAAAGCCUUCAUGAACAAUAAGUAUGGACUGCAAAGGAUCCUGGGAGAUGAGCGUAGCCUGUUGCUGCUGGCGCGAGCCAUCGACCCCAAACAAACCAGCAUGAUGACGGAGAUCGUCAAAAUUCUCUCAGCCUUCUGUAUCAUCGGAGAGGAAAAUAUCCUGGAUAAGAUUCUAGCAGCCAUGACCAUCGCUGCAGAGAGGAACAACAAAGAGAGAUUUGCUCCAAUCGUGGAAGGACUGGAGAACCACGAAGCCCAGCAGCUCCAGGUCGCUUGCAUGCAGCUGAUCAACGCCCUGGUCACUUCGCCCGAUGACCUGGACUUUCGGAUACAUCUACGCAAUGAGUUCCUAAGAUGUGGCCUCAAGAAAAUCCUACCAGAGCUAAAAGAGACAGAGGAGCUUGACAUCCAGCUGAAGGUAUUCAACGAAAACAAGGAGGAGGACUCCAUCGAACUCUCCCACCGCCUGGACGACAUCCGCGCCGAGAUGGAUGACAUGAAUGAGGUGUACCAUCUCCUGUCCAACAUGGUGAAAGACACCGGCUCGGAGGCCUACUUCUUGUCAAUCCUUCAGCACCUAUUGCUCAUCAGGAAUGACUAUUACAUCAGGCCUCAGUAUUACAAGGUGAUAGAAGAAUGCGUGUCCCAGGUAGUCCUGCAUCGAAGCGGCAUGGACCCGGACUUCGGCUACAGCAAAAGACUGGACGUGGACUUCACUCACCUGACUGAUCAGUGUGUGGACAAAGCCAAAGUUGAGGAGAGUGAGCUGAAGGCUGCAGAGUACUCCAAAAAGUUUGAUGAGGAGUUCAGUGCACGGCAGGAGGCCCAGGCUGAAUCUCAAAAGAAGGAAGAAAGAAUCAAAGAGCUGGAGGGGAAGAUCCAGACCCUGGAGUCCCAGUUAACUAUUGAAAAAGACAACCUCAAAGAGGCUCAGGCACUCAUCAAGGAAUAUGAAGCCAAGAUUGCAGCCGGUCCAUCAGCAACCGGAGCGCCACCACCACCAGGGAGUGCAGCAGCUCCACCCCCUCCCCCACCGCCUCCUCCACCACCUCCACCUGGUGGCUGUCCUCCCCCACCUCCACCUCCUCCUCUCCCUGGCCAUGCCGGCAUGCCACCGCCACCACCACCACCUCCGCCACCUGGAGGAGGACCUCCCCCUCCCCCUCCACCCCCUGGUUGUGGACCCCCACCUCCUCCACCUUUCUUCGGGGGCCCAGGUGGGCCUCCCCCACCUCCUGCACUGCCUGUUAUCAAGCUGCCUUAUGGACUGGAGCCCAAGAAGGCCUACAAGCCUGAAACGGUGAUGAAGAGGGUCAACUGGACUAAGAUAGUGCCUCAGGAAAUGGCAGAGAAUUGCUUCUGGAUCAAAGUCAAAGAAGAGAAGUUUGAGAAUCCUGACCUAUUUGCUCAGCUCUCCCUCUGCUUCUCGUCGCAGAGCAAAGUGAAAAAAGAUGUCAAAGACGAGACUGACGACAGAAUGCAACAAUUCAAGAAAAAGGCCAAAGAGCUUCGCAUCUUGGACUCCAAAACAGCGCAGAAUCUUUCAAUUUUCUUGGGCUCGUUCCGCCUGCCUUAUGAAGAGAUCCGGGACAUUGUGCUGGAGGUAGACGAGGAAAGACUGAGCGAAUCACUCAUCCAGAACCUGAUAAAGAACCUGCCAGAGCAGAAAGAGCUGAGUGCGCUGGCGGAACUAAAGGGUGAAUAUGAGGAGCUAGUGGAGUCGGAGCAGUUUGGCAUUGUGAUGAGUUCAGUGAAACUCCUGCGACCACGUCUCAACGGUAUUCUGUUCAAGUUGACGUUUGAGGAGCAGGUGAACAACAUCCGGCCCGACAUCAUGAACGUGACGUUCGCCUGCGAGGAGGUUAAGAAGAGCGAAAGCUUCAGCAAACUCUUGGAGCUGGUGCUGCUGGUUGGCAAUUACAUGAACGCCGGCUCGAGGAACGCCCAGACGUUUGGUUUCAACAUCAACUUCCUCUGCAAGCUUCGAGACACCAAAUCCAUCGGUCAGAACACAACACUUCUUCAUUUCCUGGCCGAUAAGUGUGAAGAGAAUUAUGAAGCCAUUCUCAGGUUUCCAGACGAACUGGAUCACGUGGAAAGUGCCAGCAGAGUGUCUGCUGAGAUCUUAAAAACCAGCUUGACCACCAUGGAACGUCAUAUUCAGAGGUUGGAGAACGACAUCGAGAACUUCCCCAAAACGGACGACCAACAAGAUAAGUUUGUGGAAAAGAUGUCGGGCUUCUGCAAGCAUGCCCGGGAGCAGUAUGAGAAACUGUCCACGAUGCACAAGAACAUGCAAAAGCUCUACGAGAGCAUCGGCAGCUACUUCGCCUUCGAUCCCCACUCGGUCAGUGUGGAGGAUUUCUUCGGAGAACUGGCCAACUUCCGCAUCCUCUUCAUGGAAGCAGUGAAGGAGAACCACAAGAAGAGGGAGAUGGAGGAGAAGAUCAAGAGAGCCAAGCUGGCGAAGGAGAAAGCUGAGCGCGAGAAGCUGGAGCGCCAGCAGAAGAAGAAGCAGCUGAUUGACAUGAACAAAGAGGGAGAUGAAACCGGUGUGAUGGAUAGCCUAAUGGAAGCUCUACAGUCCGGAGCAGCCUUCCGUGAUCGACGAAAACGGACACCGCGCAAUGGUGAUCAAAGCCCAUCCAGUCCAGCCUCUCGGUGGCCAGGUGCUAACUAUGGUAACAGAACCCUAGACAACCGCCGCGCAGUCCUGGAAAGGUCUCGUUCGCGCCACAACGCAAAUCACCCAGCUCGAUGAUCGCCCGCGCCUACCACAAGACGCUAGAUAAGUGCCAAAGAGGCCGGCGAAAUGGAGACGUGGAAGACAACUGAAGGAGCGAUAGAUAACCCCUCACUGUGGCACACACACAGAGAAGAAUACUCACACACACACACAUACACACACACACACACACACAGAAUCAAGUAUGGAACAAAGAAUACACACAUUGAGGAAAAAAUACAUCAAACACGAACUUCAUUUUCAUGCUGUUCGUCUGACGCCUUACAUAUUUAUUCAAGUCUUUCUCAUCACUCUUAAUGUCCUGCACACACAGUUUGAUUCAUCAAAACAGAAAAAUGAAGGCCGCCGCUGUAUGAAGUGAAGCGUUUUCAUUGCUUGGAAGGCCAUUUUGAAUCUUGCAACUCUAAGCCUUCUAUCUAAAAUACUGCAGUUCAUAUAGAGUUUUGACAUGAAACAUGCAAUGUGUUGAAAAUAGACAUUCUGCCAAGAAGGACUGCGACAUCCAGUCAUGUAUGCUCAUCAUUCGGCACACAGCACACUCAACAAAGAUGCAGCGGGCCAGCUGUCCUGUACACGGGAAGAAAAAAAAACGAGGAUUAAACACAAAUGUUGGCAAGCAGACAACUCGCUGUCGCUUUCUGCAACACGUCACUGAACUUUAAGAGGAGAAAAGUAUGUUGCUUUUCCCCCCCCCCCCUUCCUCCUUUAACCAACAUCAAGAUGUUGUUGUUUUUUUUGGCCAGCAAAUGUACACAGGACUUAUUUCAUUUCAUUACAUAUCCCACAAAGCCACAGGAGCUGGCCCCUGUCUGUGCCGAUAUUUCAGAGCAUGUGACUCAUGGCCCUUGAAACUGUUAUCUCCAUUUUGACAAGAUGCAUUUUAUUUUUAGUUGUGUAAUAUCUAACCGAAGCCUGCGGGUGCUGAUCUCUGUCCCAAGGUCGCUUUUGCUGUUAACAUAAGAGACUGACACAUUUCUAAAUGCAUACAACUGCCUGGAGGAGCCCACAUGACGUUUUUGACCUUCCCUGCGGACACACAGGUUUCCAGUGAGGGAGGCUUGAUUAAACUUAGGUAUUUUAAUGUUUUUAAUAUUCAUCUAUUUCAAUCUGUGAGGUUUUUUUUUUUUUUUUUUUUUUUUUUUUUACAUAAAGGCUCUAAAAGAAUUUAAAAAAAUGUGUUUCACAGCUACUGCUGAAAAGUUUGCUCUACAAAUUCAUUAUUUAAAAAAUCAAUACAAAUGUGCUCUGUAGAAAGACAAAGACAAACAGCGUUAUAUGAACACAUUUUGUGGAAGAUAUUUGAGCAUUUCUAAUGAAAUGCAAAAUGAAAAAAAAAAAAGCAGCCUUUGGGUGGAAAAAAGACCUCUCAAAAUGUACCAAGGGAAGCCAUGGCUCAAGCACCAAAGGGUUUCAGGACUUCAAACUGUACCACACUAUCAGAGAGUCUGCCUCCUGAUAGGAUCUGUGUAGUCCUAACUCAAUGCUAAACACUGAUUUCAGUAGCAUCUCUAACCUGAUGAAGCUUUUUAGCAUCAAAACCAAACCAUCAGAACACAUGACUCUUGGUGUUAGUUUUUCAAAAUAACUCAAACUUUGCUGUAAGCUCAGUGUCUCUGCAACUGUCACACAUUUUCUUCACGUGAACUAUUUAUUCAUAUAUUCAUGCCUAGGGCGGCCCUGUCCCCCUACUGCCCUAAACUGUAAGCAGAUGCUACUAAAAACAACCACUGAAUCCACAUGGAGAGCAGGCACGAGCAGAAUAAUCGACUAAAGGGGGCAAAGAAGACAAGAUCAUGCUUGUCUUCCGAGUCUCCAAACGCCCUCCAAUUCCCCGGCACUAAAGGCAUAAGCGACCCUGUUACCAAAACACAAGUAACUUUAGUAAUACCAUAACUCUGCUUUAGGCUUUUAUCUGUUUGCGUGUGUUUUUUUUGGGGGGGGGAUUGUGUGUGUGUGCCAGCUCAGUAAUCGGAACAGGAACCCAGGCAAAAUAGGAUUCAGUGUGCUUGACUCCUGGGCUGAAAAGAUGGAGAUUUUUCAUUUAAACAAUCUGCCAGCGCAGCUUGUGAUGUGUCUGUUUCAUGAUGCCUGCUCUCCCAGCCCGCAUGCAUGCUUCCAAAAAAAUGCAAUUUUACACAUCAUCUCAGCUCAAGGUACAUCCACAAUGCUCAGAGAAGUCUGCGUAUUUUGGAGGACAAUAAUUCUCCUCUGGAAUAUAAGGUUGGAGCAGUCGCAUGGAGCUAGAGAAUGAAGUUUCCACAUAAGGGAUUAUCGACCGUUAGGACUUUUAAAAGAUGUGUUUUAUACAGCAGAAAUAGGUGUGCCAUCAAAGGCAGUGAUUUCCCUUCUCUAAUCUCUCCACACUAACACACAUGCAGAGUUAAGAGUUUGUCCUCCAGUGUCUGCUGAGACAUUCGGUGUUGUCCGCCCUGUGAUUGGAUUCUCUACAAGUCUUCUUCUUUCAAAAAAAAUGUUUUCUUUAUAAUUCGGCUGAAAUCUUUUUGCCCAUUAUGAUUCAUUUUGAUUAUUUUUCCACAUGUGCCAACUUUGUUUUUGUGAGAAACACAAAAAAUCCCAUUUACAAAGAUUGAAAAUUCUUGUUUUUUUUUUUGUUUUUUUUUGUUGGAUUUUUCAAAGGGAGUACAGUUUUCUUAUUGUCCAAGUAGGAGAAACAUUGUACAGACAUGUUCAAAUUGUAAUUUAGCCAUUGUUUGUUACACAUUGAUCCAAUUAAGAACUGUGGUUCAGAGUAGAAGAUUUUGAUGUGAUUACAAAAUGAUAGUCAUGUGGUAUUUCUUAUCGAAAAUGCUUUUAAAAUAUAUGUUUGAAUUAAAAAAAAAAUAAAAAACGUCUGUGAUGAUGCCAUGGUAGAACGUAACGAGCGACGUAAGAGCGCCGGUGUUAGCCAUUAUAGAAGUUCGCAUCAUGCAACUUUACCGCAACAAUGAAUUAUUUUAAAUUAUGCAGCAGGAAACUCAAACAGAACGAUGUACUCUGAACUUCAGAGUCAUUGCCAUUUAACAGAUGAAAUGGUGUUAAAGCAGGGGAGGAAAACAUGAAAUUUAGUGCAAGGGGAUUUUUAAAAUCCAAGAUAAACUUCUACAAUGACAACAUUCCUCAUCAUCCCCGUAAGUGAUCGUUGUAUUUCCCUCCCAUUCCAUCUUUAGGAUCAUCAACAUGGAGUGUUUCAUAGAAUGUAGCGGUAGAGUCUCGGGUCAAAGAGCCUGAAAUGUUCCAUCAUGUUAGUGUUUAAAAAAAAAAAAAAAAAGCCUUUGUGUGUUCAGGUUGAUCAUCCAUUCGUCUUUUAGCUUGUAACUAACAAACCUGACUCCAUGAUAUGACUUGUGCUCAUGGUAACCGUAAGAGUGAGGAGGCAGGGGUAUGAACGAUGUGUCAAAAACUGUAAAAGGUGCCAUUCGGGUGGUGAUUGGUGGCAAGAAAAAGUUUGUAACUUACACUUACUGACUGUGCACUUUACCUCAUAUUCUGCUCAGGCGGAGGAAGAGUUGUUGGAUAUGUUUGGACACGACUUUGCCGCUAACAGAGUGAACUAUUUGCAAAGUAUUCCUUUUGGUAAAUAGCUCCAGCUGCCGCAUAUCCAGUUCUCUUCUACUUUGUUAGUGCUUACUAUUGAUUUGUGGAAGACCGAUCGCGGCUGAAUCAACAAGCAAACGCUCAUAGCUGUUGACAAACCCUGUCCGACCGUGGUGUGUAAGCUGCCAUAUCCCUGCCUACCCUCCUUGUUGUCAUUGAGUAUGUUUUAUUGUCUUAAAAAACAUUUAUAUUUGUAACAUUUUAAGUUUAUUUGUAUCCUUAAGAACAUGAAAAAAAAAACAGCAAAAUGGUUAUGCACACUGUCCUUCCAUAGAAUAUGUAAUGGAAUAUGAUACUAAAUAAUAACCACUUUGUUAUACAGUAUAAACUGAUUUAUGAAACAAA